UGCACACCGUGUUUAAUGGGAACCGAAUAACACCUUUAGCCGUUCUUCAAUUGCGCCUACGUCAUUUGUAACAUCCUUGCCUUCUGGGUACACUCCUUUAGGCCCUUCAGUGCCCCAUUGUGCGCGCUUACAGCGGCCGGCUUGUGAACAUAAACAGCAAGCAUCGUCCUAGGCUGUAAACCCAUUCGGCCCCCCAACCUUCAACAGCGCAGUAGCUACGCCCGCCAUAGCAGCCAGCCCAGCGCCUUGGAAGGAACAGCAGCACACAGCGUGCCACCAUGACGGAAGAACGGCGUGUGGACUUGGUGCGGAUUGUGAGCGAGGAGCGCUACUACGAUCGAGAGGCGCUGCUGGGUCGCGACACCUCCUCCGUCUUCCCCAGCCUCUCCCGCCAGCAGCAACAGGAGGCGGAGGGCGGAGGGCUGGCGGGGCUGUCAGCGGAGGCCAUCCAGGAAGCCAUCGGGGCGCGCAAGUUCAUUUCGGAGAGCGAGUUGGAGACCCUGCGCGCCACUCGCGGUGUGACGGCGGAUGAUGGAGCGGUGGCAGCGGACAAGCCACUGGCGGAGAUCCUCAGAGAGCGGAAGGCUGCCAAGGAUGCCGAGCACGCGGAGAAAUGGCGGCUCAUGAAGGUUGGCAAGAACCGGCCUCUGGACCCCGAGGAGCUGCAGUUCCUGGACUGUGUGGCCGCUGCGGAGGCGGAGCGGGAGCGGCAGUGGCAGCAGCUGGAGAGGGAGGAACUGGAGGCGUUCAAGGCGGCGCUGCGGGAACGUUCUGCGGAGCCGGAGGCGGGGCUUGGGUCGGAGGCAGAGCCGCGGCAACGACCCAUGGGUCCGGCAGUCAAGGCCGACCCCCGGGUUCCAUCCGUCGCCGCCGUUUCCACGGCCUCCUUACUCCUGCCCAAGCCCACCAUUAAAGUCAAGCCCAAAACGGCACCCCUGCCAUCAGCUACUCAGCCAUCGUCAGCAGCUACUGCGGGUACGGCAGCGGCGGGUACGGCAGCAAAAACAGCGCAGCCCGGGGCCUCAACGGCGUCGGCAGCGAAAAGCGCAACUGGGUCAAACGCGGCGGCCGCUGCCGCGAGCUCCUCAGGAGCCGCCUCUUCGGCAGCUGAAGAGCCGCCCAGCAAGCGUGUAAAAGUAGGGGAU